UUUCAUCACCAAGUUAGAACGCGGCGGCGGAAUCAAAUCCUGUCGGAAUCGGCCGAAGGAUCUCGGGGGUUGCAGGUUGCAAUUACCGGACGAGGCGGACCGAACCAACCAGCGAACGGUCAUUCAUCGCUAGAUCUCUGUCGACUUAAGAGUCGAUCCAUCGCCCCCUCCCCCUCUUGCCAAAAUCACCAGAUCGGUCAGCAUACACCCGACCGUCUUGACCUGAUAGCAACUCCGUACGAGCCUCAGUAGAUAUCUUCAGACAUGUCGGACAAACCACUUGUAUCCGGCGAAGAAGUCGCCAAGCAUACCACAAGGGAGACCGGUGUUUGGGUCAUUGUCCAUGGCAAAGUUUACGAUGUGACGGAAUGGCUCGAUGAACAUCCAGGUGGCAGCAAGAUCAUCCUUAAAUACGCUGGUAAGGAUGCCACCGAGGAGUUCGAGCCCAUCCAUCCUCCUGGCGUUAUUGGCGACAACCUCCCAGAAGACAAGUACAUUGGGCCAUUGGACCCGAACAGCGUCAAGGAGACGGUACAUAUCACCGCUGCGAAGGAGCAAGCUGGCGGCGAAGGUGAAUCGAAACAGAAGCCCGACCUGGACGCAUCCUCGUCGCAAACACAACAGCAGAAGGACUCCGGCAACUCGAAGAACCAGAUCGUCAAGGCCGAACCGACCAUCACCCAGCCGGCUGAUAGAGAUCUUCUUCCUGAUCUCGCCGAAGUACUCUCGCUGCACGACUUUGAGCACCUCGCCAAUCAAAUCAUGAGCAGGAAAGGGUGGGCGUACUACUCGUCGGGUGCCGAUGACGAGAUCACCAUGCGAGAGAAUACGCUCGCUUUUCAGCGGAUCUGGUUCCGGCCGAGGGUUCUUAGGAAUGUCAAGACGGUGGACUAUAGCACCACAUUGUUGGGUGCGAAGACGAGCAUGCCGAUCUACAUCACGGGGACAGCUCUCGGUAAAUUGGGACACAAGGAGGGUGAAGUUCUGUUGACCCGAGCGGCCGGCAAGCAUGAUGUCAUCCAAAUGAUUCCCACUCUCGCUUCGUGUUCGCUCGAUGAGAUGCUUGACGCCGCUGUUCCUGGGCAGACGCAGUGGCUUCAACUCUACGUCAACGCGAACCGUUCUCUCACCCAAAAGAUCAUCGAGAAGGCCGAAACUAGAGGAGUCAAAGCGCUGUUUAUUACUGUCGAUGCCCCUCAGCUUGGCCGACGGGAAAAGGACAUGAGGAUGAAGUUUGACGAUCCGGGAUCGAAGGUUCAGGAGAAGAACGUUGUCGAGAGAGGUCAGGGAGCCGCUCGGGCGAUCUCGAGCUUUAUCGACUCGAGCCUUUCGUGGGAGGAUCUGGCAUGGUUCAAAACGGUUACGAAACUACCGAUCCUGCUCAAGGGCGUUCAGUGUUACGAGGACGUCCUACUCGCUAUCAAAGCUGGUAUGCAGGGUGUGGUGCUGAGCAAUCACGGCGGAAGGCAACUGGAGUUCGCUCGGUCCGGUAUCGAAGUCCUCGUCGAGGUCGUCUCCGAACUGAAGAAGCGCAACAUGUGGCCCGUCCCGAACUUCGAAAUCAUGAUCGACGGUGGAGUCAGGCGGGCGUCGGACGUGCUGAAAGCGGUAGCUCUCGGCGCAACCGCGGUCGGUAUUGGAAGACCGUUCCUGUACGCCAUGUCGACCUACGGACAAGAAGGGGUCGAACAGGCCAUGCAGAUUCUCAAGGACGAAUUCGAGAUGAACCUGCGCCUUAUCGGGGCCCCUAAAUUGAGUGACAUCGGGCCAGAAAUGGUUGACGUGAAGAGCGUAGGACUACAUGUUACCAUGCCGGGAGAGUCCGCUUAUAUGCAGAACUAUGAACGAUUGACCGGGGCUACCCUGAGAGCCAACUUGUAACCGUCUCGCGACAGUGUCAUGUUCUGAGUCGUCAUCAUCUCACUCGUUGUAAGCUUGCGACCGAUUGUAUCGAGAAGAAUCGUAUCAAAAAAGGAAUCAUAUCAUUUCAAUCUGAU